AUGCGGGAGGAAGCCACCUGCCCCAUCUGCCUGGAGCUGAUGUCUAAACCAGUGUCCAUAGACUGUGGGCACAUCUACUGCCGUUCUUGCAUAUUAGAAAAUCUUGAGAACCAGCAACGGAAGUCACCUUUCCAAAGAAACUUCCAUUGUCCUGUAUGUAGGGCACAGUUUCAAAGGGAGAGCAUCCGGCCCAUUAAGCAGCUAGAAAGCAUCAUUGACAACAUUAAGAAGAUGGAGCAGGAACAUCUGUGUGAAGAACAUGGAGAGAAGCUCAUCCUGUUCUGUGUAGAUGAUGGUCAGCUCAUGUGCUUGUUAUGUGAGCAGAAACUAAAGCACAAAGGGCACACCACGGUCCUUGCUGAAGAGGCCUGUCAAGGCUACAAGAAAAAGUUCCAGAAGACUUUGACACACCUGAUGUAUCAAGAAGUCGAAAAUAAGGAAUGGCAAGAGAACAUAAGUGAGAAAAUAACAAAAGUUCAGGCUCACAUUCUGGGUGAAAAAAACCUUAUCAAGUUAUUCUGUAGGACACUUCGUGGGAUACUACACAUAGAGGAGAAAUCUUAUCUCUGGAGACUGGAGAAUGAAGAACAGCAAGUUCUGAGGAGACUGCAGGAGAGUGAAGCCCAGCUGGAGAAGCAAAGCCGGGAACUGAAGAAACACAUCCUGGGACUAGAGAGGAAAUGUCAGGGCUCAGCCCAGGAGUUACUGCAGGAUGUGACAGACACUUUAGACAGGAUUUCUGCUAUGAAGUUAAGUGCACCAGAGGAUGUCUCAAUAGAUAUUCAUGCUAUGCCUGAAAUUGACAGCAUUUUCCAUCAAUUUCUACAAAUGUUUGAGACUCAUCUUGUUUUAGUUACUCUAGAUCCAGAUACAGCUCACAAUAACCUUCUUGUGAACGAGGAUGAAAACAAGGUGACUGGUGGAUCCCCCCAAGUGAAGCAUGAGACUCCUGCUAGGUUUAAAGACCUACCCUGUGUCCUGGGAUGUGAGACCAUCACCUCAGGAAAACAUUACUUUAUAAUACGUAAUGCAAGAGGACCUGAGUGGGAUGUCGGAGUUUGUCGGGAAAAUGUGCCAAGAGACAAUGGCAUGAGACGGGAUCCUGUGUCUGGAUUCUGGGCCAUCAGGCAUUGCAAAGACGAUGUCUAUGUAGCUCUUACGUCACCCCUAACUCCUCUUACUCUGCAGAAUGUUAACAGAAUAGGGGUUUUUGUGGACUAUGAGGCCGGACUUGUUUCCUUUUAUGAAAUGGGAACUAGCUCCCUCAUCUUCACUUUUCCGAAGGCCUCUUUCUCUGAGCCUAUUAGGCCUUAUUUCCGUAUUGGUGAAGAUUCUGCUCUGUACACAUGA